AUGAGACUGCCUUGGGUGGUUCUGACGUUCGCGUUCGCACCUUCAAUGGUGUCCGCUGCGUUAUUUCCUGCGGAUACAAAAGUCAAGAUGCUUGACGCAAACAGUUUCAGGAAGGCUAUGAAGCAGAACAUGACUUCCGUAGUCGCGUUCGUCGCUCCCUGGUGUGGCCACUGCCAACGAAUGGCGCCUGAAUUCAGCAAAGCGGCAGUCGCGCUCACCCCAAUGGUCCCGCUCUAUGCGGUCGACUGCGAUGAUGAGGCGAACAAACGGCUCUGUGCGGAGCAGGGCGUGCAGGGCUUCCCGACAGUGAAACUGUUCCCUCGUGGUGGGCAGUCAAGAGCCGUUAGCUUCGACUCAAAUGAGCGAACUUCGAAGGCGUUUUUCUACUGGGCAUCGAAGAAUAUUCCGCAUGCGGUGAGGCGCUUGGACACCGUCACGAAUAUCAACGACUGGGUAGAGGACAACAUCACCAAGCCCAGCGCAAUUCUUCUCCAUCCGGGGAAGGAGAUACCCCUCAUGUGGAAGUCUCUGGGGAACAAGUACAAGGACGCGAUAUCAUUUGCCAUCCAUCGCGAUAAGACCGGGAAGAGCGCGGUGAAGCUAGGAGCGGAAGAUCAUGCGUCAAAGGCCUCUCGAAUCCUGGUAUAUCCCCCAGGAUCAACCGAGUUCGUGCGCUAUGACGGCACACAAAAAUUCCAACAGGUUUCCAAAUUCUUUGACUCCAUAGUGGAUGGCACGGCCGACUUCAUGGUACCCAAAGAAACUGAAGCGGAGGAACCUACACCUGAGGCCCAACCCGAUCACAACGACCAAGUUCCCUUCGAAGCAGCGCAAGCUCCCUCUUCCCAGGUCGAGCGCGAACCUGCCCCGGCUGCUACACCAGCUGCAGAAUCUACCCUGCUAAACGAACCCGCAACUGAAAUGGAAAGAGCGAAGAGCAAAAUAUCAGAAGGCGCGAAGAGCGAAACCACAGAAAGAGCGAAGGGCGAAACCACAGAAUUACCUGUCGAAGAGACACCAAUCGCGAUCGAGGAGACGGUGACUACUGGCAAUCAAUCCCGUGUGAAGGACGAACUGUAA